AUGUCUUCCACCUCAUUUCCCGCCUCUGAUGGGCCGUCAGAGACGCACGACGUGUCUCUUGCAGGUCACGACGAGGAGCAAAUCCGCCUGAUGGAAGAGAGAUGCAUCGUGGUCUCACCUUCAGACGAUUUCAUUCGAGAUGGCAGUAAGAAGGAGUGUCAUUUGAUGAGCAACAUCAAUCAAGGACUCUUGCAUCGAGCUUUCUCUUGCUUUGUAUUCGAUCCUGUACAUGGCAAAUUGUUGUUGCAGAGAAGAGCAACGGAAAAGAUUACUUUUCCCGAUAUGUGGACCAAUACGUGUUGCUCUCACCCCCUCGCCAUCAAGGGAGAGUUGGAGGAUGAGAAUCAGAUUGGUGAGUGUGUGGUGCGGUGCGGAAAGCUGCGUGUAUGCGCGUACGAGAGCAGCUCCAGCGAGCGCGGUGCAACCUCGCGACACUUCUGUGCGCUCCUCUUGUCACUUGGCACACGCAAGAUUGCCCAGCAAUGCCACUCGAUUCUGAAAUCUCUCUGACCUUCCGACUCUCGACUUGCAGGAGUCAUCAGAGCAGCGCAGAGGAAGCUGGAACACGAACUUGGUAUCCCUCCUGAAGAAGUGCCUUUGGACGAGUUUCAAUACCUGACCAGGAUUCAUUACAUGGCUCCAUCGGAUGGGAUGUGGGGCGAGCAUGAAAGUGAGUAUAAAGCAGAAGGGAGACCCAGACAGUGUUCCACUCCAAGAAUAGUGUUGCGGGUACGUAGUGAAUGAGCAAGCGGGCGGCGCUGCACGGGAAUUUCCCGAAGGUGCAUCGUAAGGAGUAUGCAUGGCGCUCUCGCACACAGAAUUCGCGCAUUUGUCCAUCUGUGAUCUGACACCAGCUUCACUGGGUUUGCUCUGACACUACAUUGCACCCAGUCGAUUACAUUCUCUUCAUCACAGCUCCGGUCACAGUAUCCGAGAAUCCAAACGAAGUGUCCGCGACGCGCUGGGUCAGUCCCGAAGAGCUAAAGGAGUUCAUGAACGAGUUGGAUCGUGAGUGUGUGCCUACGCAGAGCGUCGAGGCAGCAGCUUUUCCGCACAUGCGCAACACACUCAUAGCUGAACUUGCCGACGUCGGCUCGAUCGAUGUGGUGCGCGACCAUCACACAGCAACAUCCUUUACACCCUGGUUCAAAUUGAUAGCCAACAAGUUCCUCUUUCCAUGGUGGGCCGAGCUGCUGUCGAACAGAACGCUGCUGCCAAAGAACAAGGCUUCUUUGCAACAAGCAGAAGCUACGUCUCAGCCCGUCGUGGAUGCGCAGCACUCCUGCAAACGCUUCUACGAUCAUGCAACCAUCCAUCGCAUGCUUUAG